UGUUUGAAUCACGGAAGAGCCACACAUGAAACGUAAAUGCCUGACAUAAACAGUGAAGUUACGCUUAUUAGUUCACAAACAUUGACUGUAUAAAGGUGCAAAACUAUCGGACAACUCUGCAGCUGGUAACGGCGACACCAACAAUGGAGGAGCAGGCAGAAUGGGAUGGGCUGAAUAAACUUCUGCAGCAUCACGGUUUUAAGCCUGUGUAUUUUGCAGAUCCUGUAGAGAAUAGGAAUAUUUCUGAUCUGAUUCUGCUGGACAAGAAGUCUGCUGGUGAGAUGAGGAUGACUAUGAGGACGAUGCUCACAGACUCGGACAGAAGACAGGCUCUAAUCCACGAGCUCAUCAAGUCCAACAACGAACUCAAAGAGGAGGUUCAGGAGCACAUGAGGGGGGCCGCUCAGCAGUCUCAGAGGGCCACAGAGCUGGAGGGGCUGCUGGAUGUGGUGAGGACCAGGGUCCAGGACCUGGAGGACCGCUGCCUCAGCAAGGCCGUCCAGCAGCACAGCCACACUCAGCAGCAGCAGCAGCAGAAACUGUGUCAGGUUCUGGAGCAGAAGCUGUCCAAGCAGAGGGAGGAAGCAACCGACCUUCAGAGGAAACUCUAUUUCACCGUCAAAGAAGAAGAGCGACGCUCGGCCCGACAGAUCCAGACCUUCCAACACAUCUGUAACAAAGUCAGCCAGCAGAACUCCCCCGCAGACCAGCAGGUGUUGGAUGUGAUUGACUUCUAUGAGACCAAAAUGAGUCAGCUGAUGGAUGAGCUCAGAUCUGGGAAAGGACAAGGUUCUCAAGUGGCUCAUCAGACAGGAAUCAAGAAGACAUCCAGCAAUGUGACUCCAUCUUUCAAAACUAUUCUCAAGGCAUACCACGAGCAGCAGAAGGGAAGCCAACGUGAAAUAGAAGAGCUAAAGAAAGAGGUUGAGCGCCUGAAGAGAGAGGUGGAUACCAGGCCCACACUCAAAGAGGUGAAGUUCUACAAACACAAGCUCCGCCGGUUGGAGGGCUCAAUCAAACACAAUAACCAAAGUUCUCCUAAAGAAGACAUCCCUUCAGAUAUCAGUGAGAACAUCAAUGACCAGGGCAAUUUAAGUGCCUACUAUCACCAUCUGUUACACAAUAUUAAAUCGUUGGUGUCUGAUCCCAACGCGCCUCUACGCCUGCACAGAACCAAACCAUCCUCUGUUGAGUUUCACACCAUCCUGCCCACACUGGAGGGGUGGGCCCAGCAGCUCCACCUGCUGAAGGAUCUACAAAGGGGAUUAAAUAAACUGAGUGUCAGACUGAUGCCCUGGCAGCCCUCUGAUGGGGGCCAUGCUGCUUCAGAAGUGGUGAAGAUGGAGGACAUGAUGCUGCUGGUGGACACCAUGCUGGAAAACACCACGACUGAUGAUGAGAAGGUGCUCAGGAGCCCCACCCGCUUCACCCUGGGCUCCAUGCUGUCUCACUUCCAGAAGCUGUUUGACGUGGGCUCGCUGAGCGGAGUGUACCCGCGUAUGAACGAGGUGUACAGUCGGCUGGGAGAGGCCACCAACACCAUGAGGAACCUGCGAGACGUCCUGCAGCUAGACAGCAGGGUUCCUCCUGCAGAGGUGGUCAACCGCGUGGCCUCGCUGGUGUCCUCCGCUGAGCACACAGCCGGACUCCAUGAUGUCCUAGGAGACGCUGACAUUGACAGUAUCAUCGUGAAAGUGAAGCAGCAUGAGGAGUUCUUCCCUGCGUUCCAUGACCUCAUUCUGGACAUUUUACACACUCUAGGAGUGAGACACUUGGACGACAUCCUUCCAGCUCUGAGGUCUCUGAAACACACAGACUGACGCUCUGACUGCUGUGGUUUGUGCGUAAUGCUUGUGAUGUGUGAUUUUUGUUUUUAAUUAAAUUAAAUAUUUUGUAAAA